AUGCACCCUCGCGUCGCCGCCAUGCGCGGCUCUCGACUCGCAGGCCCGACGUCGUCUCCCCUCCGGCGGUGGGCCCGCGACAGCUGCAAGCCGGCGUCACCGCGCAUCCCGCCGCCCAGCAGCAGCAGCAGCAGCAGGCCCCUUUCGACCUCUCGAAAGCUGCAGGCCAAGAACCAGAUCUACGCCUCCGUCCGCCGCCCCGAAGACCUCGACACCUACAUCAUGCUCUCCGCCGCCGCGCGCCAGCCGCUCCUGACGCUCUGGACCGCCUCGUGGUGCCCGCCCUGCCGGACCGUCCACCCGCUCGUCGAGGCGCUGGUCGCGUCGGGCGUCGGCCAGGCCGAGGGCGGCGUCGGCUUCUGCGCCGUCGAGUACGACGCGCCCGACGUCGCGGCCGCCCAGCUCGGCGCGGUCUACAUGGUCAACAGCCUGCCGGCGCUGCUGAGCUUGGACGCCGGCGAGGCCGGGCUGGUCCGGAACCGGCUCGUCGACGGCCGCAAGCUCGCCGACCGCCGGGUGCUCGAGGAGUGGAUCCGGGCCGAGGCGAGGCGGCAGGGCCACCGCGGCGGCGGCGGCGGUGGCGGGCUGUUUGGUGGGAGGUAG